AUGGCUUCGGGCGUCUUCAGCUUAUCGGACCUACAGUGGUCGCUUUCGAAUGCCAAUGGUUCCAUCGUCGUGCCGGGUUCGCUGCCAUCACAAGUACAUCUCGACUUAGAGCGUGCUGGGAUUAUCACUGAGCCUCUUCUUGGGAUCAACGACUUCACUCAACGGUGGAUCGUGACGGACAAUUGGACUUACACUGCGGAUGUCUCACCCUUCCUGAGCACGCAAGGCAAUUCUUCAGAUGGGACACUAUUGGUCUUUUAUGGCAUUGAUACUGUGGCAAACAUCACUCUAGCAGAUCAGCCCGUGGCUUGGGUCAACAACGAGUUCCAGCAAUACGUCUUCAAUGUUACCGACAUUCUGUCAAACGUUGGUGGGAACCCGAAACCCAACCUCACUGUCGCGUUCGAAUCGCCGUAUCUCUAUGGUUUGAACGCCUCGGGGUUUGCUCCUGAUACUGAGACAUUUGGCGAUUUCGAAUAUCCAUGGGCUCGCAUCUGGGUGCGGAAGAUACAGUCAGAUUUCGGAUGGGACUGGGGACCUGCAUUCGUCCCCACGGGGAUACACAAGCCGGCGUACUUCAUCACGCUCGCGGCGGGGGCGAAUUCGGAUGGCUCGACAGCAUCUCCGGCUCUGGUCUCAGAAACCUCCGUCGACAUCUACAAACAAGGCUACGAUGUUGCGACGCAAGGGCCUGCCAAUGAAACUGCACCCUGGGUCAUAGAUGUGAAGCUUGGUGUACAUUCUGCUAUAGACUCAAGCGCUUCCCUCGUCCUGUCCAUUCCCGAACUUGAUCUCACGUCGGACGCAUUGCCCUUGGGUCAGAUACCAUCUUUGAACGAUUCGAUUGCCAGCACGCCUUUCUUCGUUGGCGCCAAUUGGACCAUUGAUGAUGGCGUACCCCAACGAUGGUGGCCACACAAUCUUGGAACACCCAAACUCUACAAUCUAUCUCUUACGCUCAAUCUCGAUGACACGCCUUUGACGUUCAAUUCGACCAUCGGCUUCCGAACAAUCAGGUUGGCACAGACGCAUUAUCCCGACGAGGAGGUUAUCGAACGCGGUAUCACCCCUGGCGAUCAAUGGCACUUCGAAGUCAAUGGUGCUGCCUUCUACGCCAGUGGCACCAACAUCAUACCCUUCGACCCAUUCUAUGCACGCGUGACGGACGAGCAGGUCCGGUGGGUCAUCGAUAGUGCAGUUCAGAGUGGUCAGAAUAUGUUGCGAGUUUGGGGCGGAGGCGCUUACCAGCCAAGCACUACGAAUGCUGCCAUCACUCCAGUAUAUCCGCCGCAUGUGACCGACACAUACUCAUUCUAUGCGUUCUGUGACGAACUGGGUAUCCUCGCCUGGUCGGAGUUCAUCUUCUCGGACGAUUUGUAUCCCAUAGAUGACUGGUUGUUAUCUUCCAUCAAGACAGAAGUUCAGCAGAACGUUCGGCGCGUCAACAAGCACCCAAGCGUAGCGCAAUGGGCGGGCGGUAAUGAAAUCGAGGGCAUCGUGACAACUAUCAAUCAGACGCUAUCCAACGGCACGAUCUACCUGGACGAGUAUGUCACGCUUUUUCAAGAUUUCCUGUGGGAUAUUGCAUAUCAAGAGACAAAGUCUGUCCCGUACACGGACUGUUCAACCACACAUGGCGUCCUCAGCAUCGAUCCACUCGUGAUCAGGUUCAACAAUGCAACACCUGGAGAGAUAUAUGGCAACGGCGAACGUUACAACUACGAUGCAUCUCAAGCUUUCAAUCUCAGCACUUUCCCAGUGACCCGCUUCAUGAACGAGUUUGGCUAUCAUUCCAUGCCGUCCUUCUAUAGCUGGGAGCAAGUACUCCAGUCUCCGGAUGACUUCUCCUUCAACUCAACGGUCGUGAUGUCUCGCGAUCAUCACCCACCCGCCGGCAACCUCUCCUUCCCGAACCCCAAUGCUCCUCAAGGUCAAGCCCAGAUGACGCAAGGUGUUGAGCUCUGGAUGCCAACUCCAGACCUGGACGAUACGAACAGCACCUUCGCCGCCUGGGCAUGGAGCACUCAAGUCUUCCAGGCCAUGACGAUGGAUGCUCAGAUCGCGUGGUAUCGCCGUGGCGCAGGGCUGGGAGUGAACAACCUAGGAUCGUUGGUGUGGCAACUAAACGAUAUCUGGCAAGGCGUGAGCUGGUCGAGCAUCGAAUACGAUGGUCGAUGGAAGGUGCUGCAGUACACCAUGUCGCGCGACUAUCAACCGGUUGUUAUCAACGCGUUCUGGACGCCCGAGAACGAGACGCUGCAACUUCUGGUCACAUCUGAUCGCCUCGAGGAGGUUACCGGCACAGCUGAAUGGACUUGGUACGACUGGUCGGGCGUUGCGCUCUCGUCCUCGUCAACGAACUUCACUACACCGCCACUCAACAAUUCCGUUGUCUUCGAAGGUCAGGGUCUGACGGAGAUCCUACCCUCCGGCGCGAAAGUUGACAAUGCCUGGCUGCUCAUGAACGUCACCGCCGAGGCCAACAAUGGUACAGUGACACACGAGAGCUACUUCACGCCUGCUUCCCUGUCCAACGCAUUCCUCGUCGAUCCGCAGCUUGAACUUGUCCCAAGCGCCGAAGGUAACUUCACCUUCACUUUGUCUGCUACAGGAGGCGUUGCAGCAUGGGCCUGGCUGGAACACCCUGCCAACACUAUCGGUGUCUUUGUCGACGCCAGCGGUGUGCCCUCGAACGCGUUCUUUGUGAUCCCCGGCGUAGAUCGGCAAGUGACGUUCCUGAUGAACGAGGCCCUGUCAAAGAACCUAUCGUCGGCGUCGGAGGACUUUGUUGUCAGGUCGAUGUGGAAUAACACGCACGCUUAG